AUGCCCUUAUACGCUGUGUUUUUUAAACAAUCCCAAAUUCAUCGAGCAACAUUCGUCGAGCUGCUCGUCAAGCCGCUCGUCAAGUCGUGCGUCGAGCCGUCGUUCGAGUGGUCCGUCGAGUGGUCCGUCGAGCGGUCCGUCGAGCCGUCCCUCCAGCUCCGUCUUAAACUCACCCUCGCUUCGCUCGGGUACUUCCAUGGAGGUGCAUUAGAGGAAGGUAUAGGAAGUGGAUCUGUGUAUGGCAUUGUAGCAUAUCAAGCAGCUGAUUGCCAUCCUGAUUUGCCGGUUUCUACUUAUGGACCUUUCACAUGUCCCCAGGCAGUUAUAAACUCUGUUGAUGAAUUGCAGUUUAUUGGUGGUCAUGCUGAGAACAGAGCAUGUGUGAUAGAGGCGUUGACAGCUGCUCUUGAGUGCCUAGAUGAGCUAGGUGGCACAGGAAUUCCACUUCAUAUGAUAUUAUUAUGUUGUUCUCCACCAUAUUCAACAUACACAGGGGGAUUAGUCCCUCCAGGUGCCCCCGGAUGCGUAGAGCAGGCGGCGCGGCUAGUGGGCGAGCGCGGCGCGCAGCUGUCGGUGGCGGCGGCGCGGCGCGUGCCGGCGCUGCUCGCGCUGUAUGAGCACGCAGGCGGCGAGCUGCACGCGGCGCAGCUGCGCAACUACGCCAAGGAUCCACGACACUUAGUUUUAUUGCGAGGGUACAGUCUCAAAGAGCGGCCCCCGAGUCCGGCGCCGCCGCCCGCGCCGAUGCCGCCUCUAGCACAGGCAGAAGUGUUUGGCCAAGCUCGUACCGCGGUGCCACAGCAGAAAGUCCCGCAGGUGCAGUUCCAGCGAGGCACGGUCGGGCCGGUGAAGAGCAACUUCCUGGCUCCCCCGCGUCAGGCCCCGUACGCUAAUUCUGCCCUAUUGACCCAACUAGCUCAGCCGUCUUAUCCUCCACCUCCUACACAGUCAAGUAUCCAGCGGAUGGUGCAACCGGGUCCAUCCAACGCUGGUGUGAACGUAUCUUCCUCUCAAGGGGUUUCCGUUGGCAAUAUCGGAAUGAACAUGCAAUCGAACCAAGGGGUCGGUACAGUUGGAGGAGUGGGAGUCAACGUGACACCUCAAGGGGUCAGCGCGGUAGGGGGAGUUGGGGUCAGUAUGUCGUCACAAGUUCCGGCAGUGGGAGGAGUUGGAUCAGUUUCAGCUCCAUUACAACGCACGUAUAUAUGGAGUGGAGUGCUGGAGUGGAUGGAAAAGGGGAAAGCCCCGGGGGAUCAGAAGAUCAUCAGGCAAUUGCCGUGUCAGGUUUCAGCAAAUUCCAAAGAGGUAGAGCCAGAGCUCAAAGCUGACACUUGGCCUAACAAGCUGCUCAUGCAGCUAAUGCACAAACAGCUGAUCAGCAACAUCGGCGGGCAGUACCUGAAGGACAGCAAGUCGGUGCUGUUCCACCUGCAGCAGAACGAGGCGCUGGACGCGCUCACCAAGGUCAUGGUGGGCGGCUUCGCCGGCUGCGUGCACUUCUCGCCGAUGCCGUCGCCGCCGCAGUGCGACAUCAAGGUGCUCAUCUUGCUGUACACGCCCGACAAGAAGGCCUACCUGGGCUUCAUCCCCAACAACCAGGCCACCUUCGUGGACCGCCUGCGCAAGGUCAUCCAGCAGCAGAAGAUGAGCAAGCAGCUGCCGGCGCCGGGAGGCGGAGCGCCGCCCUCCUCGCUCGCCGGCGGCGGCAUGCAGCCGGGCAUGGCGAUGGGGGCGCCCUCCAUGUCGGGCCAGCAGCCGCAGCAGCACGCGCAGGGCAUGAUGAUGGGCGGCGGCAUGGGCGGGCAG